UCUAAGGAGGAAACAAAUGGCCUGUAGCCCGAAUUAAAAAUUUUUGGUCCAAAGCAGAACAACCAUCUUUUUGGCCGUUACACAUACCGUUUUGUUCACCAUCAGCAAGAAAAGAGAUUCCACUAGAUGGCAACAACGAUAAGAAAAUUUUCAGGAAAGUUCUCAACAAGGCAGAACUAACCGAAAUCGUCCUUUCCUAUUGGAAUUACAUUACAGACUUUAAUGAAGAAAACAUCGAAGAAGAGUACCAAGACAUGGAAAAAGAAACUGAUAUAGAGGAAAUAAACGAGGAGAAAGCGGACGAGUUCAAACAAGAAAAGAAGCAUGAAGAUAUCGACGAAGAAGAAAUUCAAGAUGAAGAUAUGGACUACGAGCACAACAAAGAGAAAUAUCUUAAAGAAGAAGGAAACGAAGAAGACGAAAUGGGACCAGAGGAACAUUUCAUGAUGCAGCAAAAGGAAUGAGAUUAAUAUUUAGAUAUCUUUUUCUUCACCAUCAAAUCUUAUGUGCAAUUUCUGAAUUUAGACGGAAAGCGCAGACCUAAAUAUCAAAGAUAUGUAUGAAAAGGGGGAAAUAUGUGGUAUAGUUUCUGGAUUCAGGAUGGCAAAUAUGAGCUACAAUUGUGAAAUUUGUCAGGAAUUGUUGCAAUCCGCCAAAAGUCAUCAUCAACCUGUAACUCAUGCAUUAAGAUCGAGUAAGAUGGAAGCGAUGGGUUUGCCUCAAGGCUAUGAUGCCAGUGAGCCAGGAAAUAUCUUUGAGGCGCUUAGUACGGAUCCUGACAGGUUGAAACUUGAUGCUUUCCUGUACGGAAUUUCCCAUCAACAUCAUUUAGCACUAGAGCGCACCAGGCAAACGAAUACGGAAACUGCAGGCAAGAAAAUUGUGUCUGAAAUUCAUAAUUUCCUGGAAGAAGAUGUUGACUUGAAAGAUACGCACUUCAUGUGUAUUGCUGGGGCACUUAGUGCAUCGUUGGAGGUGUGGUGUCCUAAGAGAACUUGGAAUGGAGAAAAUGAGAGAGUUGCUUGUUUCGAUGGUAUAAGCAUUUACGAAAGAGAUUUGAAUACACUAAAUGAUAACAGUUGGGUAUGCGACACCAUCGUAGACGUCCUGUUAAGGUACUACUGUAAAUUAGCAGAAAAAAGAAAUAUGGACCUUUGUACGUAUUUUAAGUAG